AUGUUCUCCAGUACUGCCAUGACUGCUGGGUUGUUCGCCCUCACCAGCAAGCUGGUCCAUGCCCUAGGACCCUUCAAAUUCUGUGGAGAUAAUGAGUGCGGCAGCUGCUCCGUCCAAGUCACCGAUGCAGGAACUGGCUACCCCAACUGUGUUGUUUACUCCACUCAGGAUGUUUUCGGUGGCCAAGAUGAAUUCAACGGGUCAGAUUCGGGUGGCUUUGCCCCUUUCAUGGACGUCCCCAAGCCUGACGAUGGAUGUGAGAUCAUCAUCAAGUCGCCCGCAAGUACUCGUCGCGCUGGCUGUGGUCAUCCCAUUGGCAGCUACAAGGACGGCGUAUGUGCCGCGUUGGAGCUUGAUACGACAUUCAUGGUACAGUUCUGCUGCGGUACUGGCGACUGCCAAGCUGCUCUACCAGGCUCGCAGCGCUCCGUAAGGUUCGAUCCCAUGUAUCUCAGCGCUCGAAGUGGCGGCGGCGGUGGCAUGUACUUGCUUCGCCAGGACGGGACCCAGAUCGAGCCACUGGAAGAGGGCUACGCAUCACCCGCCACUACCGACAAAGAAAAGAGAGAGGACCAGCCCCCCAGUAGCACGCCUAGUUCGAGCGACCAGAAGCUCCCCCACGCCGGGAACAAGCGUGACGAUGAAUGUCCUUCCGGCGUCCAGGCCAAAAGACGUGAUCUCCAGGGGAGCAGCGCUGUCAAGCGCGAAUGCAAGCCAGACAAGAAGAGCUGGGUAGCCGAUGGCGAGGACUACACGCGCCCGGCGGACAGCACCAGCAUCGUCCUCGCUGAUGUGGAUGGCGGCACAGGCGGCAGCACGGAAACUGUCUCACACGAACGGUCACAAACCUGGACCACUUCUGCUUCGGCGAGCCUCGGGUUCGCCGACGUCCUCUCGCUCGGCGUUAGCUUCACCCAGGAGUACAGCUGUGAGAUCUCGGAUACGAAAUCUUACCAAUUCUCUAUCCCGGCUGGCCAAGUUGGCGAUGUUGGGUUUACUGCCUACUUGGAUUGCCAGACAGGGACAUACACCUGUGACGGCGACAAGUCCGAUCCUGUAGAGUUCUGUGCUCCUUACAAGGACAACGACGGCUUGAUCGCUGGGAUAUAUGCCGUUAUUGCGCAUACCUGA